AUGCCCUCCCUCUUUUCCCCCACCUUCCUGUUUGUUUGUUUUCUUUUUGAUGUCUCUUUCGUUCUUUCUUUCUUUUCUUUUUUUUUAUUAUUGGUAUCUGAACAGUGCUGUGGGAACGUCACUAUGUUGGCUGGGGGUGCUGCCUGCAAGUUUAUUGCCGCCUCUCUCUGUGUGACUACUGCACUCAGUCAGUGGUCGACGACCCUCCUACGGGUAUUUGGCCUCAUUCCGGCACACACCUUCUCCGUGCAUAGCUAUCCGUGGAACGUUCUCAGCUAUAUCUUUGUGGAGUCCAAUGUUAUUCUUUGUGCGAUUGGUGUCGGGUACAUGCUCAGCAUUGGAGCAAUGGUGGAGGCCGCGGUGGGCACCGUCACAUUUCUGCAGCUAAUUUUGGUGACAGGGACUGCGACCGCUGGCCUUCUGCUUGUAUUGAGUGCACUGUUGCAUCCGCUGGGGUUUUCAUGUUUCCUGCAGUGCUUCUGUGGCGUGUGGCCUCCCGCCGCCGCACUUCUCGUUCCAUGGGUGGCGGCGUCUCCAAUGGCUGGAGCCCUUCGAGGCAUUUUGGCCUCGCAUGUACAGCGGCGGCAUUUGCCGGCAAUUCUUCUUGGCUUUUCAGUUGUCGUGGAUAUUUUAUUUCGUGAACGCCAAAAAAUCAGUGAUGAGGAUAUAGAUAGUGAGAAUAUAUUCCCAGGCAGCAUAUUUUUACCUGCAUUUUUGGCCCUAUGCAUCUCGUGGAUGCUUCAGCCGCUGUUCCGCGUGGAGCCCCCGGUGGCGUUUCGCGUGUUGCUUCACCCAAUUGCCUCAAGGCUGCUCUCCUGCUUUGGCGUCAGUCAGCGGCGUGGCAGUGCAGAGGAGCAAAAAGACAUGGGCAUAGAGAGUGCGGUGUCGAUCACCAUCCUGCGCGGCGCUGCCAACCUCACGCCGCUUCCGGGAUCUACGGAAGAGGACGCGGAGCGGCGCCGCUCCAUUGCUCUCGCGGCGCUUAACUCGCGGCUACGGGAAAACACCCCGAUGGCCCCGGACCUAUCCAAAAGGAGUGACAUGUUGGCGUAA